CCCCACAACAUCGAGACUCACCCCGCCCUUCCUCCCCAGCUGGACUCUGGUUACGUCAUCAUGCCGGGCUGGGACGGCCGCCUCGACUCCAGCACCGACGGCGAUGACGACGACCCCGGCCUCGACUACCUGGACAGCCGGCCCGGCGUGCCCCCGCCCCCCUCCGGCAUCGUGUUCGAGGGCGAGGCGGUCAUCAUCAACGGGAGAAGCAACCUGCAGCGGCAACCCAGGACCAGGAAGAUUCCUGACUUGACACACCAGCAGGGACUCGUGGAUGGCUCCCUUCCGCUCCAUCCCCCGCAUACUGAACACCUUGCCGACGACAGAUUUGAAGACCUUUUCCAGCCUCCUUCUCAAGUCCGACUAAAAAUCUCAUUCGACGAUGGCCUCACCUCCACCUACGAGUACCCGAGCGAGACCUGCCUGCUGGAGGAGGCCGGCCUGCUGCCCCCCACCUCCCCCGAGGGACCCUCCGCCUCCCAAGGUGGCCUGGCUAGCUACACCCCUAGCAAGAUCCAGAUUGGUAGUACCUUUGAACUUGGAGUGUCCCGAACAGCCCCUCCUGUACAGCCUGCCCCUGCUGCCCCUCCCCCCCAGACCGAGAAGACCGAGGAGGAGUAUUUACGGCCAGCUGAUGAAACGGAGACAGUCACCUGGAGCGCAGAAAGCACGUCAGACAUGCUGUUUUAACCUGACGAGCUCUUUCACAAGUCAUGCUCAAUCGAAGUCCACAUUACAGUGCUUCCUUUUGAUUGUUUGUGUGAAUGUGUGUGUAUGUGCGUAUGCAUGUGUGUGUACAUGUGAUAAGAGUACAUACAAGAGUGCAUGCAUCAGUCCAGAUCACCUUCACCAGUCCCUUCACUCUACACUCCUGCAUGGCACAGGCUGGCUGGAAGGGGGACUAAAUGGAUGUCUUUGUAAGGUUUUACCAACUUGUGUACAGUGUGAAUUAAACAUUUAGCAUGAAAAAAGUUUUGGUUAUUUGACAAACAUUUCAAUAGGUGUCUGAUUGAUCAAGUGACUUUGUGAUAUAUAAGGGACAAGCUUCAACAUCUGAACUUCAAAUAUUAAUGUAACCUUAUUUCCUGCCAAAAAUUUGUAUGCGUAUACAUGUAUUUCGUAAUCAACAAUGCUAUUAUAUUUUUGUAUAGCUGUGAAGUGGAGGAGGAAAGACAAUAAUUCCCUGCUCUGGGUGGGAGGCAAUUGACCCGCUGUGUGGCAACAGCUAAGCACUGAUGGUGUUGUGUAAACAAGUUGAGAAGGGUUGAAGAAUCAGUGAGCUUCUGCUGAACAUUCUGUACAUUCAGCUGUUGACAGUAUAUGUUUGAUGUUUUACCCUCAUCUAGGUAAGAUAUAACGAUAAAACUAAUAUUUGUUUUUAUAGUACUGCAGUCUGAUGCUGCAACAUUCCUGCACUGCUGUGUAAGGUAGAAGUCAUUCAGAGUCGUUUCUCCUUCCCCGAGACUGGACCGUGGGCUCUUUAGCACUCUGAGCAUAAUGCGUCAUGCUGGGCAUUAAGUGCCUGAUCCAGCAUUUGUUCAGCCAUUGCAAGACAAGGCCCACCAUACAGCUGUCCGGGAGAGGACACAUCACUGGUGCACUGGAGCUACUAAUUUUUCCUCAACUGAGGGAAUUACUUUGCUUAAUAAGAGGCUUCAUACUAUACUGCUUUGUUUACAGCUUCUUGAGAACAUUUAAUGAAACAAAACUAAACCCACACAAUACAUCGGUGGAGUUAUACGUUAAGUUGAAUCCUUAGAAAUAUUUAGCUCCAAAUCAUAAUACAAAAAUGUACAAUAGUACAAUAUUUUUAAAAAUCUCCUUUUAGAUGUAUGAAUAAUAAUGGUGAGAUAAAAAAAUGCUUUAUAUGACAAAUUUUAUGAUAGAUUAAUUCCCUCACUCCCUGACAAUUAAGGUACAUGAGUUAAUGAUGCCACUCAGCAGAACAAUUAGAAUGACAUCCUAGGACAUACAUAAUAAAUAUAUAUGAACAUGUCACAGUAGAGCCCCUUUUGCUGGACUGAGUAUAUCCUAGUGUAGCCAUAACAGACUCUUGUGGCCUGUAGGAGUGCAGGUACAAUGAGCUGCCAUAGAUGAAGUACAUGAAGCCCUACAACUGCUUCUGGUCCAGAUAUAUUGCAAACCACACCCAAUAUAGGUAUACACUCAACAGCAAAUUAUAGUCACUUGAGAGUCCAAAAAGGGAUUAAUUACCCUUGCUGCAGAUCAUCUAUAUGGCAAGUCUUGCUCACAAUAGGUCUGGUACAUGAUAUGCAACACCUUCCACAAAGCUGACAAGAGAGCACGUGCAGCUGUAUGCUUAACGUGCAAUAAGUCUACCUAGUUUGACAUUUGGUAAGUGAAUUUGCUGCAGUGAGCAUUUAUUGCACAAUUUAAUGAACUCAGCCUAGGGAUUCUUGGCCCUAUCUGAUAGGGUAACCCUAGCCCUGUGUAGCAGGGCUGUAUUGUGGUGAGGUCGUCCACUGUCCAGGGCAAGUAAUGGUGAGCUGAUGUGCCAUUGCCAAAGUUAGUGAUGUGUGUGAACCCAGACCAGACAGAUUUAAUUGAAUGUACAUAGUACUCUAUACUGUUGACAAUAAUAGUCUCUGAGAAUACAACAUACUUGAACAACUAUCUAUUUAGUGAAAGCCAUUUAACUUUGGCUGGGACACAAUAGCAGUUGUCAAACAAUUCUUGUGUCCUACAAAGAGGGAUCUCGAGGUGAUGGGCUGGAAAGCAGGAAUUAGUGAUUGAAGGGGUGGGGGGAAAGAUGGGAGAGCAGAUGGCGUGUUUGACAUGCAAAUAUAUGUAAAUACAUAUUAAGAAUUGAUGCGGUCAUUGUAACCUACAAUAGUACAGUGAUUAGAUCAUAGGAUGGCUGUUUAAUUUAUUGUUUUGUGCUGUAGAAUUACUUGGCACGGUUCUCUGUUUCAAGUUGCAGUGUUUUUACGACACCCAAGCAAAAACGAUGAUCAUGAUUCUUAUACAAGUACAAGGCUUUAUUAAAUGCAUUAAUAAACAACUGAUGUAAGUAUAAUUACACCACCCUUCAAUAGUUCCUUUGUAUAUGUUAAGUAAUGAAACUGAUUUUUUAUUUAUGUACCUUUUGUGCAUUUCUGACUUUGUUUCAGUAUCAUGAUUCACUUGGCCACACUGACAUGCCAGGCAAAGGACACUUGUAAGUCUUCUCACAACACUACUUGGCAGGUUCAGGAACAUGACCUCCUCUCGGGGGUGACAUGAUAAACGCCUGUGUGAUGAGCAAGGAAAUCAUGAUCUCUCAGAUGCUCUAAAACAGUGAUGUAUGAAACCAUCACGCAUCAUUCACUUGAAAGCCUGAAGAAAAAGUUACUGUCUCGUUGCCAUUGAGUUUGUUCAUCUGACUGCAUGAAUUCAAUUUAUAGAAUUUGUAAAUAUGCUUUCUUGACUCAUUACAUAAUGCUGUGUAUCUGAAGGGUAAAUGUAUUAAAAGUUCAUGUAUGUGUUGGUGCAAUCAUUUCCAGCAUUACAAGUUUCUUCAAGCUUACACUAGUGUAAAUACUUUUGAAUGUACACUGUAGUAAAUGAUAUUUAGUCCAAAUAUGAUUUCAGAAUUAUUAUUUAUGUGUUUGCUCAGCUGUGGAUUUUUCUCGAGGACAUUUGCUUCCAUGCACUAUUUCUGAUAUAUCAAAUGUAAUCAAAUCAUGAUCAUAAAGGUUUUACCGAGUUAAAGAAGCUGAUAUAAUCUCAUGACACAGGAAUAACCUGCUGCUUCCCUUAUUAAUCUAGCAUAACAAGAAAGUAUUCUUGAGCUAGUUGGUGCCUUUCAAAUAAUUCAACCAAAAUGUCUUGGUUUUGGUGAUUUAAAAACAAAAGGAUUUUAUUCAAAAGAAUUUUUAAAACAAUUGAUUAGUAUAGAAGUUUGUGAAAGACGGUGCUACAUAGAGAAAUCAACAGGUAGAAUAAGAUCACGUUCCUUCAAGGGCCUGGGACAGAGGCGGCGGUGAGGCAACAUUUUGCUCUGUACUUGUGAACCUGUAGAAAGUUGUGCUGUCAAAGACAUGUCUAGCUGACUAAUGUUCACCUGAUUCUUGUAAAGCUGUGAUAAGGCUAAACAACAUAAAUAUAUAUUGAGAUGAAAAUGUCCAAUCAAACUAUCACUCUUGAUUUUGCAUUUGUAAUUGUUUUAAUAUGCUUAAGUACCCAAAACUGCUGCCCAAAACUUGUCCCUAUUUUGUCUCAGAUUAGUUAAUUGAUGAUGUCUAAGAAGUCUUAAACAUGAACUACCAAAAAGUUAUUCCAGUUAGAUAUUUGAUUUCUGAACUGAUAGGCCACAGAUGUUAAUGGCACUUGUAUUGUAUAACAGUAAUACCCACUGUACUAAAAAGUAAAAUCAACCUUCAAUAAAUUAAAAGUUCAUGAUUGUAAGGAAGGAAUAUUGUUAAGAUAAUAUAUGUGGUAUAGGAUAUGCAAUACAACAGAUAAACUCUCCUGUCACUUAAUUUAAAACUUUAACCAAAACUAAUACAUCUGUAAAAGAAAUUGGGUGUGUUUUGACCACGUAAAUCCUAAUGCACUAAAAAAAUCAGUUCAUCAUCACUCCCCACUUAAUGUUAUUAUAAAUGUUCAGUUAGAGAUACAAUGUAGUACAAGAUAGGGACAAUAUCUUAGGGGAGACCAUGUGCAUUUGAGGCAGUGCUUGAGCCAAUCUUCUGAUAUUUUUCUUUGCCUCUAUUUUUUUUUACAAGGAUAAUUCUACAAUAAAGUUUUGCCAUCAAUGCAACAGUCACAUACAACAGAAAGAAAUGUUCCUCACUUGCCACUCCAUCGUUUCCUGUGACAAGAGUAAAGAGAAGCUGCACCAAAGCAUAUUUUGUAAAAAGAGGAAAUAAACUACAUUGAAUGUUGUGUAGUAAACAAAUUUUGACUUAGUGUUAAAUAUCUUUUUAUUUCUACUCUGAUGUUAAUCAUAGUGAGAUCAGCUUCCAAGCUCUGUUCAGACCAUAAGUAUUGGUGUAUAAAGAUAUGUAAUUAUUCUGUGUAUACAAAUUUGUACAGAAUUUUUGUACAUUUUUGUACUUGCAUUAGCAGUUAAUUAAAAGUAGCAAUUAAACUUUGUAGAAUGAAGGAUCAAAAGAUCUGUUUAGGAAUGUCCUGGCUGUCUAUAUGUCCUCCAAUACAUUUUGCUGUUGUAUGAGGUGUGGGAACUUCCCUGUGUCAGUUAUCUUCUGUUGUAGUACAGUGCAUCAUUCUGUCGAGCUAAUCAUUCCAGCCAUCAGGAACUCAGGUGGGCGAGGACGAGGGUCUGGAGGGGAAGGUGAUUCAGUGUGUUGUAGCUUUCUGUCCCGUGUGAAACCCAGGGCCAACAUUAUCAAACCAGCGUACACCUGUCAAGCAUGUUCGUUAGUUUUUUAGUUUUUUGCUACAGUUAGUAUGAGAGCAAGUAAGUAGCAGCAUACAGAACCUUCAGAAUCGGUGACAAUGCUGCCAUGUUGCUGUCAUAAGCCCGCCCCUCAUGUUAUUCGUCAUGUAGGCUAACCCUCAUGGUGGUGUGGCCUGUUGUGCCUGUUCCACAUGUUGCACACCUUACCUAGACUCUGAUUGUGAUAAUUACACCUAUUUAUAUGCAUUUCUGCCAAGGUUAAAUAAAGUAUUGUCAUCUGUAUUACUCAUCUUGGGCUGCCUCAACUACUCAGUGUGAUAUGUAGAAUACAAUAAAUAGACCAUCAGAUGAAUGUGGAUAAAAGUAAGCAUAUAAAUGUGGCUUGCAACUGUCAUGUACUAGUGAUUCAAUGUACACGUAGCCAUUGAAUGAAGAUUGGCAGAGUCCAUAUAAACUACUGCUGGAGUGACUAAUACUAUUACUAUGGAAAACGAUCAGGUUAAAUUAAUUUUAUAAUUUUGUAAGUAUGAUUUAAUGCCAUAAAUUUUAAUAUAUUAUGUUAUUCUUUCUGUAUUAUACAAAUGUUGAUUUGUAUGUUUAUAGUCCUGUGAUUGUAUUAAUAAACAAACUCAUUAA